AUAGUUCUAGAAGCUUGUUUCUCCCACCUGAAAAGACUGGAUUUGGGACAUGAUCCUGUAGAACUUCAGAGAUUGGGGAAGAUAAUCGGAAGAGGUAGAAGACACCGUCCAUGACACUUCCUGGGGAAGCAGAUGUAUGUAUAAGGAUGGCCAGUGCCUCAGUUUCAAUCCAGGUAACCUUUAAAUGAAACUUGCCUAAAAUCUUAGGUCAUACACAGAAGAGACUCCAAUCGACAAGAAGCUGGAAAAGAAUGAUGUUGUCCUUAAACAACCUACAGAAUAUCAUCUAUAACCCGGUAAUCCCGUAUGUUGGCACCAUUCCUGAUCAGCUGGAUCCUGGAAGUUUGAUUGUGAUACGUGGGCAUGUUCCUAGUGACGCGGACAGAUUCCAGGUGGAUCUGCAGAAUGGCAGCAGCGUGAAACCUCGAGCCGAUGUGGCCUUUCAUUUCAAUCCUCGUUUCAAAAGGGCCGGCUGCAUUGUUUGCAAUACCUUGAUAAAUGAGAAAUGGGGACGGGAAGAGAUCACCUAUGACACGCCUUUCAAAAGAGAAAAGUCUUUUGAGAUCGUGAUUAUGGUGCUCAAGGACAAAUUCCAGGUGGCUGUAAAUGGAAAACAUACUCUGCUCUAUGGCCACAGGAUCGGCCCAGAGAAAAUAGACACUCUGGGCAUUUAUGGCAAAGUGAAUAUUCACUCAAUUGGUUUUAGCUUCAGCUCGGUUUUACAAAGUACCCAAGCAUCUAGUGUGGAACUGACAGAGAUAAGUAGAGAAAAUGUUCCAAAGUCUGGCACGCCCCAGCUUCCUAGUAAUAGAGAAGGAGACAUUUCUAAAAUCGCACCCAGAACUGUCUACACCAAGAGCAAAGAUUCGACUGUCAAUCACACUUUGACUUGCACCAAAAUACCACCUAUGAACUGUGUGUCAAAGAGCCUGCCAUUCGCUGCAAGGUUGAACACCCCCAUGGGCCCUGGACGAACUGUCGUCGUUAAAGGAGAAGUGAAUGCAAAUGCCAAAAGCUUUAAUGUUGACCUACUAGCAGGAAAAUCAAAGGAUAUUGCUCUACACUUGAACCCACGCCUGAAUAUUAAAGCAUUUGUAAGAAAUUCUUUUCUUCAGGAGUCCUGGGGAGAAGAAGAGAGAAAUAUUACCUCUUUCCCAUUUAGUCCUGGGAUGUACUUUGAGAUGAUAAUUUAUUGUGAUGUUAGAGAAUUCAAGGUUGCAGUAAAUGGCGUACACAGCCUGGAGUACAAACACAGAUUUAAAGAGCUCAGCAGUAUUGACACGCUGGAAAUUAAUGGAGACAUCCACUUACUGGAAGUAAGGAGCUGGUAGCCUACCUACACAGCUGCUACAAAAACCAAAAUACAGAAUGGCUUCUGUGAUACUGGCCUUGCUGAAACGCAUCUCACUGUCAUUCUAUUGUUUAUAUUGUUAAAAUGAGCUUGUGCACCAUUAGGUCCUGCGGGGUGUUCUCAGUCCUUGCCAUGAAGUACGGUGGUGUCUAGCACUGAACGGGGAAACUGGGGGCAGCAACACUUAUAGCCAGUUAAGGCCACUCUGCCCUCUCUCCUACUUUGGCUGACUCUUCAAGAAUCCCAUUCAACAAGUAUUUAUGGAGUACCUACUAUAAUACAGUAGCUAACAUGUAUUGAGCACAGAUUUUUUUUGGUAAAACUGUGAGGAGCUAGGAUAUAUACUUGGUGAAACAAACCAGUAUGUUCCCUGUUCUCUUGAGCUUCGACUCUUCUGUGCUCUAUCGCUGUGCACUGCUUUUUCUACAGGCAUUACAUCAACUCCUAAGGGGUCCUCUGGGAUUAGUUAUGCAGCUAUUAAAUCACCCGAAGACACUAAUUUACAGAAGACACAACUCCUUCCCCAGUGAUCACUGUCAUAACCAGUGCUCCACCGUAUCCCAUCAUUGAGGACUGAUGUUGACUGACAUCAUUUUCUUUAUCGUAAUAAACAUGUGGCUCUAUUAGCUGCAAGCUUUACCAAGUAAUUGGCAUGACAUCUGAGCACAAAAAUUAAGGCAAAAAACCAAAGCAAAACAAAUACAUGGUGCUGAAAUUAACUUGACGUCAAGCCCAAGGCAGCUGAUUUCUGUGUAUUUGAACUUAGGGCGAAUCAGAGUCUACACAGACGCCUACAGAAAGUUUCAGGAAGAGGCAAGAUGCAUUCAAUUUGAAAGAUAUUUAUGGGCAACAAAGUAAGGUCAGGAUUAGACUUCAGGCAUUCAUAAGGCAGGCACUAUCAGAAAGUGUACGCCAACUAAGGGACCCACAAAGCAGGCAGAGGUAAUGCAGAAAUCUGUUUUGUUCCCAUGAAAUCACCAAUCAAGGCCUCUGUUCUUCUAAAGAUUAGUCCAUCAUCAUUAGCAACUGAGAUCAAAGCACUCUUCCACUUUACGUGAUUAAAAUCAAACCUGUAUCAGCAAGUUAAAUGGUUCCAUUUCUGUGAUUUUUCUAUUAUUUGAGGGGAGUUGGCAGAAGUUCCAUGUAUAUGGGAUCUUUACAGGUCAGAUCUUGUUACAGGAAAUUUCAAAGGUUUGGGAGUGGGGAGGGAAAAAAGCUCAGGCAGUGAGGAUCAUUUUAUCACAUUAGACUGGGGCAGAACUCUGCCAGGAUUUAGGAAUAUUUUCAGAACAGAUUUUAGAUAUUAUUUCUAUCCAUAUAUUGAAAAGAAUACCAUUGUCAAUCUUAUUUUUUUAAAAGUACUCAGUGUAGAAAUCGCUAGCCCUUAAUUCUUUUCCAGCUUUUCAUAAUAAUUUAUGCAGAGUCUCACCAAGCUCAAAGACACUGGUUGGGGGUGGAGGGUGCCACAGGGAAAGCUGUAGAAGGCAAGAAGACUCGAGAAUCCCCCAGAGUUAUUUUUCUCCAUAAAGACCAUCAGAGUGCUUAACUGAGCUGUUGGAGACUGUGAGGCAUUUAGGAAAAAAAUAGCCCACUCACAUAAUUCCUUAUAAAUAAGUCUUAAGUUCAUUUUCAUUUUACGUGGAGGAAAAAAAUUUAAAAAGCUAUUAGUAUUUAUUAAUGAAUUUUACUGAGACAUUUCUUAGAAAUAUGCACUUCUAUACUAGCAAGCUCUGUCUCUAAACUGCAAGUUGGCCUUUUGCUUGCCACAUUUCUGCAUUAAACUUCUAUAUUAGCUUCAAAGGCUUUUAAACUCAAUGCGAACAUUCUACGGGAUGUUCUUAGAUGCCUUUAAAAAGGGGGCAGAUUUAAUUUUAUUUGAGCCCUCACUUUCCAACUUCACCAUGACCCAGUCCUAGAGAUUAGGGCACUUCAAAGCAUUGAAAAAAAUCUACUGAUACUUACUUUCUUAGACAAGUAGUUCUUAGUUAACCACCAAUGGAACUGGGUUCAUUCUGAAUCCUGGAGGAGCUUCCUCGUGCCACCCAGUCUUUCUGGGCCCUCUGUGUGAGCAGCCAGGUGUGAGCUGUUUUAGAAGCAGCGUGUUGCCUUCAUCUCUCCCGUUUCCCAAAAGAACAAAGGAUAAAGGUGACAGUCACACUCCUGGGUUAAAAAAAGCAUUCCAGAACCACUUCUCUUCUUUAUGGGCACAACAAAGAAACGAAGGCUGAAGUUCGCCUACCCAAAAUGAAAAGUAGGCUUUACAGUCAAAAGUACUUCUGUUGAUUGCUAAAUAACUUCAUUUUCUUGAAAUAGAGCAACUUUGAGUGAAAUCUGCAACAUGGAUACCAUGUAUAUAAGAUACUGCUGUACAGAAGAGUUAAGGCUUACAGUGCAAAUGAGGCGUCAGCUUUGGGUGCUAAAAUUAACAAGUCUAAUAUUAUUACCAUCAAUCAGGAAGAGAAUAAUAAAUGUUUAAACAAACACAGCAGUCUGUAUAAAAAUACCGUGUAUCAUUUACUCUUUCUGCAGCUCUAUACGAUAGGCAGGAGAGGCUUAUGUGGCAGCACAAGCCAGGUGGGGAUUUUGUAAAGAAGUGAUAAAACAUUUGUAAGUAAUCCAAGUAGGUGUAUUAAGGCACCAAAAGUAACAUGGCACCCAACACCCAAAAAUAAAAAUAUGAAAUAUGAGUGUGAACUCUGAGUAGAGUAUGAAACACCACAGAAAGUCUUAGAAAUAGCUCUGGAGUGGCUCUCCCAGGACAGUUUCCAGUUGCUGAAUAGUCUUUUGGCACUGAUGUUCUACUUCUUCACAUUCAUCUAAAAAAAAAAAAAAAAUCAAAAUUAAAAUCUGAGUCAGUCUGCCUGCCUCGGUUCUCAUUAGUUUAAUUCUUAAUGCCUUGCACUUUCCGGCAAUCAUUCAAUCAAAAGAGUGAAAUGAAGCACAUUAACAAAGCAGGAGGCGCCACGGACCGCCUCCCUCCACACCGCUCCUUCCGCCUUCAUUCCUUGCCCACAGGCUUGCACUGGAAGCUGAAUAAGAAUCCCCAAAACUCAAACUUCCUAGGGAUGCCACCCCUUUAGUAGCUCACACCUCCCCCCUCCAAGAGCUAAGAAACAAAGGAGAAUGUACUUUUGUAGCUUAGAUAAGCAAUGAAUCAGUAAAGGACUGAUCUACUUGCUCCACCACCCCUCCCUUAAUAAUAACAUUUACUGUUAUUUCCUGGGCCUAAGACUCUAUGUUCCAGAACUGUCACAGCUCCCCAUGUCACACUCACUAGCUUGUGAUCUUUGUCAAAUAACUGAAAUCUUUUAAGCCUCUAGUUUCUUCCUUUGUAAAACAGAGAUAAAAUGUGGUUUUUAAGUGAGAUAAUCCAAGUAAAGCACCUAACAUGGAGUAGUGAAUGAACAUCGGUUGCUACUAAAAGUGGACAUCCUACUGCAUCCUUAAUGCCACUAGGCAUUUCCAUACAAUCUGGGGACCAAAACUUCAAUCAUAUAAAUGUAUGAGGUUAAUUAAAAACACUACUGUAAUCUGCUUGUAUGAUCACAAACCACCACAAAAGAAAAGAUCGUGAAGAUUACACUGUAAACGGACUCUCAAAUGAUCAGGAGGUGGUCACUUUGCAACUUGCUCCCUCCACCCAACUCAAAACAGGAGCUCGAGCCUGCCUGUAUUUGAGACUGGAGCUGCCUGUAUGAGGACUGGAUCAACUGCUAGUCACGUUAUAUCCAAAUCUGCAUUAUCAUUGGGCACAUUUUCACAGAAUUUUACUGAAUUAUUCCUUAAUUGUUUAAUGGUUGGGAAUAGUUUGGGAAUUACCUUCCAUCAACUCUGCUAAGAAAGGAAUGGAUUCUGGUAGCAAGACAAUAUAAUUCUCCUUUAGUUUUUCAGCCAGUGCUAACACAGUAAUCAAAGCAGCAAAUCGAACCUGAAAGGGAUAAAAGAGCAAAGAAAUAAAAAGCAGUGUUACUGUAUUUAUUAUCUUAAGAGCUGUGCUGACUUGAGACAAGCUCUAACUUUUUAAACAUUAGUUCACAUGCGUUUAUUCACUUCAUUAUGUUCAUUCAGCUUUCAUCUUAGAAUACCAGUUUCACCAUUUGGGAGCUGUUUGUAAUAUGUGCAACCUUAUAAAUAGUGUUUUCCAAACUGUGUCCCAGGACUGCAAAUCUUUAAUGUGAAAUGUCUUUUUAUAAUCUCUUCCUUUAAAAAAAAACAAUAAAAUAAAAUGCCGCAUGCAAACUCAA